AUGGAACCUAGGAUAGGGCCAGCGGGCGAGGAGCCCCCAACACCAGACAAGACUACAAUGUGUGCAGAAGACAUGGCUGGAGGGGACGCCAGCCCAACCCCUCGGGACUCGCGCCCCAGUGUGUUCCACAACAUAAAGUUCUUCGUCCUGUGCCACAGCCUGCUGCAGCUGGCACAGCUCAUGAUGUCCAGCUACCUCAAGAGCUCCAUCUCAACCGUGGAGAAGCGCUUCGGCCUCUCCAGCCAGACCUCAGGGCUGCUGGCUGCCUUCAACGAGGUGGGAAAUACAACCUUGAUUGUCUUCGUGAGCUAUUUCGGCAGCCGGGUACACCGGCCCCGGCUAAUCGGCUGUGGGGCUGUCCUGGUGACUCUGGCCGGCCUGCUCAUGACUCUCCCACACUUCCUCUCAGAGCCGUACCGCUACGAACACAGCAGCCCCGAGGAUACUUCUCAGGAUUUCAAGCCUUCCCUGUGCCUGCCCACGAUGCCUGCCCCGGCCCUAGCCUCCUCCAAUGGCACCUGCUCCAGCUACACUGAGACCCGGCAUCUGACCACGGUGGGGAUCAUGCUCACGGCACAGACCCUGCUGGGUGUGGGCGGGGUGCCCAUCCAGCCUUUCGGCAUCUCCUACAUCGAUGACUUCGCCCACCACAGCAACUCACCCCUGUACCUCGGGAUCCUGUUUGCAGUGACCAUGAUGGGACCAAGCAUGUCCUUCGGGCUGGGCAGCCUCAUGCUGCGCCUUUACGUGGACAUUGACCGGAUGCCAGAAGGUGGCAUCAAUCUGACCCAGAAGGACCCCCGCUGGGUGGGUGCCUGGUGGCUGGGCUUCCUCAUCUCAGCAGGCGCUGUAGCCCUGGCUGCCCUCCCCUACUUCUUCUUCCCCAGGGAGAUGCCCAAGGAGAAGCAUGAGCUUCACUUUCGGAGAAAGGUUUCAGCAGCUACAGCAUCACCUGCCAGCCAGGCUGAGGACUCCCUUGCUGAACAGGGCCUGGGGGAGUCCCAGAAGAAGCAAGAUGGCUUAGCCCAGAUCGCACCAGACCUGACCAUUCUCCAGUUCAUCAGAGUCUUCCCCAGGGUGCUGCUGCGGACGCUGCGCCACCCCAUCUUCCUGCUGGUGGUCCUGUCACAAGUGUCUAUGUCCUGCAUGGCGGCGGGCGUGGCCACCUUCCUGCCUAAAUUCCUGGAACGCCAGUUUUCCAUCACAGCCUCCUACGCCAACCUGCUCAUCGGCUCCCUCGCCAUACCCUUGGUCAUCGUGGGCAUCGUGGUAGGGGGUGUCCUGGUCAAGCAUCUGCACAUGGGCCCCCUGCGCUGUGGCCUGCUUUGCCUGCUGUCGGCAGGGCUGGGCAUGCUGCUUAGCCUGCCCCUCUUCUUCAUUGGCUGCUCCAACCACCAUGUUGCAGGCAUCACCCAUCAGUCUGCCACACAGCCAGAGCCAGCACUGUUUCCAGGUUGCAUGAAACUCUGCUCCUGCCCGGCAGAUGACUUUAACCCCGUGUGUGACCCUAGUACCCACGUGGAGUACCUCACGCCCUGCCAUGCAGGCUGCACCAGCCAUGUGGUCAAGGAAGCCAGGGACAUAAGCCAGGUUCUUUAUACCAACUGCAGCUGCGUGCCGGGGGGCCAGCCUGUGCUGGGGGGCUCCUGUGAGUCAUCCUGCAGCUCCCUGGUGCUGCCCUUCAUAUUCCUGGUCAGCUUGAGCGCAGCCAUGUUCUGCAUCACCCACACACCCUCCUUCAUGCUCAUCCUAAGGGGAGUGAAGAAAGAAGACAAGACUUUGGCUGUGGGGAUCCAGUUCAUGCUACUGAGAGUUUUGGCCUGGAUGCCCAGCCCCGUGAUUCAUGGCAGCGCCAUCGACACCACAUGUGUGCACUGGGCCGUGAGCUGUGGACGCCGGGCUGUAUGCCGCUACUACAACCUUGACCUGCUCCGAACCCGGUUUGUGGGCCUCCAGUUCUUCUUCAAAGCGGGCACCAUGAUCUGCUUUGCUUUAGUUGUGGCCGUCCUAAGGCAGCAGGACAAAGAGGCAAGCGCCACGGCCCCUGGAGUGGCUCCUGCAUCCAGCCCUGCUCUGCAGAAGAAGCUGUUGGUGUCGGACCUGGACAGGAAGCGCGAGGACUCCAGAGUGUGA